AUGAUCGGUCUUCUGUCUUCGUCCGCUUCACCCAAUCCUUCAGAGAUCCUCAAGGUCGCCUUGCCCAUCGGCCUCGGAUUGGCCUCGGCUGCGUACCUGACAAUGAAAGCCGUCAACAAGGAAGGGUAUAGCACCGACAAGUCCAUCCCUACGGUGCCCGUGCGCGCGGGCGACACGACCCAUGACACUGAAUACUUUGAAGACCAAGACGAAUUCCUUCGGCGGUGCGAGGCCCAAUACGGCCCUGUCUUCAACUGCCGCAUUCUGAACCAGUCACAGACGGUCGUCUCGGGCCCAUUGACCCGCGAGGUCUUCAUGAACGAGGACUUUAGUUUCUCGGACGCGAUUAAUGAUAUGACGGGACUUCGGGCUUUCAUCACGAGUGUUAUCAAGAGCAACCGGGAUCCCGAUAACCGGACGACACAUGAGGUCAUUAGAGAUAACCUCUCACCCAACUUGCCGUUGUUUACGCCCAGGAUCGUGAAUGUGUUGCAGACGGUCGUGGAUAGCCAGCUGGGACACUGUGAGAAUAAAUUAGUCGAAAACCCGCUGUCGAUCUUCCAGGAUAUGAUUGCCGGUGCCAUGGCCACAGUGUUCAUGGGACCCGAGCUCGCUAAGAACCGUGCUGUGAUCGACACCUUCAUCCAAUGCACUUACGAUUUUGGCAAAGUUCUCGGUCGGGGCAGGAAUACCUUCUGGCACGCCUUCAAUACCCGCACCAGGUACGGUUAUAUGAACCCGCUCAGGAAGCAUAUGGAAGUCCUCGUCCAGGCUGCCGCUCCCGUCGUCCUCGAGCGCCGACGACAGGAACAAGAGGCCGCUGAUAAAGGUCUCGAAUGGGAACGCCCCCUUGAUAUCAUGCAGCGCCUUCUCGAUAACUUUGACAAAUACGGCUUCGUGGAUCUCGAGGACGUCUGUGGUCACUUGCUGCUGCUCGUCUUGGCGAGCGUGCACACAACCUCGGAUACCUCGACGAAUCUGUGCUAUUACCUCGCAGCCUUCCCAGAGUACACAGAGCCGCUCUAUCAGGAGCAACAGGAGAUUUUGGAUCUAAUCUCGAAGGAACGUCAGGAGAUCCGACAGAAGAAGCUCGAUUCCGGGGAGGUUGCUUCCGCGAAGGAUUUUGAGGGCACUGAGUUAGAUCCCAAAAAUGAUAGGGAUCUUUCUGCGGCAGCCAUGAAGCGUAUGGCGAAGAUGGACUCAUUCGUGCGUGAGGUCUUCAGGUACCGCGUCGAACGCCUGUCGCUCCCUCACGCGGCUAGGCGGAAUGUUCAGCUCUCGAACGGCAUGGUCAUCUCAAAGGGCAGCAAGGCUGUUAUCAACAUGCGCUCAAUCCAUCAGGACUCCGGUCUGCAGGGCGAAGAUGCACUCGAGUUCAGGCCAUGGAGGUUUGUCGGCAAGUCCAAGGCCGCGACCAAGGCCUCAGGUGACUUUUUGACAUGGGGCAUGGGAAGACAUGCUUGCCCAGGACGCUUCUUGGCUAUCCAGGAACUCAAGACCAUUGGUGUACUGAUGGUAAGGAACUACUCCAAGAUCGAGAUCCAGGAUCCUUCUAAAACCAAGGCUAUCCUUCUCUCACGCAUUGGCGACCCAGUGACUACAGGUCUCAUCUUCCACAGCCGCAAUAAGAAUGCCACCGAGAUCUAA